AUGGCGCGUUUUGGGAAAAAUUUGGUAUUCCUUGCAUACUUUAAAAAUAAAGAACAGUUGGAUGCAGCUAGGGCUUUGGACAAAGGUGCAGAUGACACUUGGAUUAUUCAUGGUAAGGGUUUGGGCAAUCUAUCAGAAGAAGUCUCAAAGAGGGACUCAUGUUAUGAUUUGGUCAGCACUACGCCGAAGGAUAAUGGAAAAGGGAAAUUUGCAAUUAAAGAAAAACAAGCAGAAAGUGGUAGAUGUGGUUUUGGAUUGAGAGCUGAAAUAAAUAAAGAGUUGUCCCAAGACGAAAAAGAAGACGCGAGUUGGAUAGAAAAAUGUAGAAAUGGAUAUGCCGCGCUAGUAACGGAAUUAAAAGAAGGAAAAAAGAAGAUAGAUAAAGAAAGAGCAAAACGAGACGCCUUACAAAAAAAAGUGGAUGAGAGACAGAUACUUUUGGAUGAAAUUAAAAUUAAAAAAGAGCCAGAAGUGGAAACCAACAAAAGUACAAAACAGGUGUCGCCGAUAGAAUUGCACGAGUAUGAGUCGAUAAAUGAAUCAUGUAGUAGUAGGCUGGUUAAUAAGACUCAUACUAAGGAAGAGUUAGCUGAGUGGGCGAAGUUUUACAAAAAUCAGUACCAGGAAAUAAUAAAAGACGCGCAACGAAAACGCUCAUUGGCGAAACAAGGUGAUCGGGUAAAGGAGGAAGAAGGUAUAGAUAGUGAUAGUGAUGAAGAUAAAGAAGGAGAAGUGGUGGUAAGUACGGAAUCAAGCAACAAAAGAGGAGGGAAACCCGGUAGUCGAGGAAAAGGUAGAGGAGGUAGACGUAGAUUAGUUUAAAAAAAGUAGUUUCUUUUAUAUAGACAUUUCAUAGUGUAAAUAGUGUAAAUAGACAAUAUGGAUAAAUAGUUUUUCGUAGUUGUGUAGUAUUUAGAGG